AUGUACGAAUCACAGCGCCAAUGGAGUGCCGCCAGUAUAUUGCUGGGUCCUCUCGUAGAGAAGAGUAUGGCUGUGCUGGGACCGCACAACGUGAGUACUCUUCGGUACGCAUCCAAGCUGGCGAGCGUCCUCGCUUGGCAAGGUCACUUAGAAGAAGCAGAAACCAUGUCUCGAGAAGUUUUUGAGACUAGGGAGGUCCAUCUUGACACCCUCCGAAGCAUGAAUAUACUUGCCCGUAUAUGCCUAAAACAGAAAAGGCCAAAGGAUGGAGAAGACCUUCUGAGGCUAUUAUUCAAGAUGUGUCCAAAAAUUUUGGGAGCCACCCAUGAACUGACCAAUGAUACAAUAGCCUGCUUGGCAGUGGUAGAUGCCAAGCAAGGCCAGAUGAUUAUCCCGAUCCCAAUGCUUGAGGAGAUGGCAGAAAAGCUCAAAGCUGUGCUUUAUGAUGCCUACAGCGAUUUGAUAUAUGUCCUAUCAGAGUUGGCCCUUAUUCAACUUCGAUUUAUGAUCUUGGUCAAGCAGAGAAGCUGUGUCGGCAGAUCCUACAACUCUGCAGUCGCGCUCCGAACGAUAAGCACUCAAGGAAACAGACAAAGAUAUAUUGAGGAGCAGAAGGUACUUGCCCAGCUAUUGGUAUUGAAGCGAGAGUCACUUGGAGAAGAGCACCCAGACACGCUCGCUGGCAUGCAUGAGCUUGCCUACCUCUGGGUCAAUUACGGCUAUACCAUCAAGUCCCAGGUCUUGAUGCGAAGUUGCAUUUCGCUUAGACGCCGCAUCUUAGUUGUUGGACACCCCUUAGCCAAGGAUUCCGAGCAACUUCUAAAGGAGUGGCAGGCUGGGUAA